CCUUUUCUUUUCUUCACUUCUCUUCUCGAUCAGCACACACACACCUUUCUUUCUUUCUUUCUUUCUUUCUUUUCUUCCCGGUGUCCUUACUUUAAGAAAUGGCCACGGGAAAAUACAACUUCAAGGUCACUAUAGGAGACGAAACCCGACGAUUUUCUUUGCCAGAGCAGUAUACUUCAUGGCAUACUUUAUGCGCAGUCUUGCAGUCUUCGUUCCAGCUCUCGAACCCCAAUGAAACCGUACUGUACUAUCGUGACAGCGACCACGACGUGAUCACUCUGUCGAGCGACAUGGAGCUCAUCGAGUUGCUGCGUCAGCCCGAAGCUUCAUCCAACAUUCGUUUGUAUGGCCAGCGUCAUCAACAAGAUAACAAUUCAAUGGCGUGGGUGUUUGCACCCGAAGAAGCCGACCUUCAGCAACAACAACAAAAAGUGAAUCUUGCAGACGAUAUAACAGAUGCUGCUACGCCUUCUCCUCGAUCGGCGACACCAGUUGCCGCUACCACUGCUGCUGGUGGUGGUGGCGCAAACAGUACUUUAGAAGCUUCAGCAAAUGUGAACAACGGUGUCGACUUUACAGCAACAUUCGAGCAGCUUGGCAAGUUGAUGGACCAGUACCGUGAAGUUAUCCAGCAAAAUGCCGAGGUCAUGCGGGUAAUGAGUCAGAUGGCCAGUACGAUAACCAGCACCAUUACCACAAACACAAAAAUCGAUCUGGGUCCUCUUGAAUCAUGGUUGGCAACACUUGUGCCUUCUACUGGCCCUUCUUAUCCUACACACCAUCAGGCUGCCUCCGCAGCAACCACUGCCACAGCUCAAUCGAAUCUACAGCGUUCACAAAGCGAUGCAUCAUCAACAUCAAGGCAGCCACCAUCAUCAUCAGCACCGCAACAACAGCAACAACAACAACAAUACUAUCCUACGGAUAGUCUGUAUCCACCGCCAACAGCACCCGACGCUGGUUCUUUUUCACAAGAAAAGAGAAAAGCUGACGAUACAACAUGGAUCACACCACCAGAUGAAGAUGAUGAAGAACGCGACCCACCAAGCUAUGAAGACCAGUUCUUUUGGGAUCGAUCACAGCAGCAACACAUGCAUAUGCCACCACCGCCACCGCCACCACCAAUGGCUCGUGGAUACAUGGAACCGUCGCUCUACCCACCGCCUCCACCAUGCACAGGUCCAUUGUGGACCCGCGUUUUGAAAUCGGUUGGUUCAUCUUUGGGAACGUCGUUCGGUUGGAACACGCCCUAUGCUCACUAUCACCAUCAUCAUCGCUACUAUUCGCCACCUCUUCAUCAUAUGCAUCACCCGCCACCACCAGCUGGUAUGCAUCCACCACCACCGCCGCCGCCUCCACCACCAAUCAUGCCACCUGUGCCACCGAUGCCACACUGGGGUGACCGUCAUAAUCACCCCCAUCAUCGCCAUGCCAACAAUCACCAUCUCCACCAUCGACCGUCGUGUUCGUCAUCCAAUUUCGGAGCCGAUCUCUUUGUAGCAAAACGUGAAGCGCUCCUCCAGGAUCACCCGGAUCUCCGAGAUUUGAAACAAAGGCAACGUCAAGUAAAACAAAGUCAACGUCAAGUGAAGCGUGACAUGCGACAACUGCGACGACAACACAAGCAAGAGAAACGGGCGGCGAAACGAGCGGCUCGUAAAGAGAAACGCAGGGCCAAGAGAAAGCAAAAGGAGACAGCAGAGAAGGAUGGAUACAGCAGUGACUCGAGCACAUCCACUUGGUCUUCGUCCAGCACAUCGUCAUCCGCGUCUAGCACAUCUGCAUCGGACGCAGCGGCCCGAGACGAUUUAGCUCACAGAGUCGAUCGUUUACGGUUAUUCAAUGAGGACAAGAAAUAAAAACCUUUUUUUUUUUUUUUCAUAUGCUUUUUUAUUUUUUUUUAUAUCAUGGAACUUGCAAUAAAACUCCGAUUUGUCUUAAUAUGAAUUGAAGAUUAUAUCAGCU